CGGGGAGUUGUGGGUAAUGAGGUUUCAGAGUCUCACGCAUCACGUUUUUAGGAUCCAGCAUGGCAGCCAAACAGAAAAGGAAGUUGGAGGACCUCAGCAUGGACGAGUUCCUGCUGACAGCUUUAGAUUCUGCAGGAGAAGAUGACUCUGAAGAUGAGACAAAAAAACAGAAUGGUCUCGAUAAGAAGAAAUCUGCAGCCUUUGAGACAGAUGAUAAGAAAGGUAAGGCCAGUCAGCACAAGGAGCAGCUGUCCAGGUUAAAGAACAAAGAUCCGGAGUUCUACAAGUUUCUGCAAGCAAACGACCAAACACUGCUAAACUUUGAUGACACAGACAGCUCUGAGGAUGAGGACGAGAAAAAAUAUCACAAAUUGCCGUCCAAACUUGAGGAGGACGACUCUGAUGAUGAAGACGACGACGAAGGGGGUGCAGAGGGCUCAAAGGCUUCAAAGAAAUCCAAGAAGGGAGUGGAGAUUAUCAAAGUCACAGACAAAAUGGUUGAAGAGUGGAAAGAUGCUAUGAAGAAGGAACCCACACCUCGACUCUUCAGAGAAGUCACCCAGGCCUUUAAGGCCGCCGUGGCUACAACAAAGGGCGAGGGAGGGGCGCAGUGUCGGUACAAAGUGGCCGACAGUUCAGUGUUCAACUCCCUGGUCAUCUUCUGUAUCAGAGAUGUUUACGUGGCCCUGCAGAGGAUGCUCAACCUGAAGCCAGAAAAAGACCAGAAAAAGCUAGUGCUUCCAUCAUCUAGUCCAAAGUGGCAAAAGAAUCAGGUUGACAUCAAGAUGUAUCUCAGUGGAGUAGUUCAGCUGUUAUCCUGCCUGACGGAGGCCACAGUGAUCAGCGCUGUCCUGCGGCACGCCAACCAGCUCGCACCUUAUUACCUUUGUCUCCCUAAACAAUGUCGUCAUCUGGUUAAGCAACUGAUGAAGCAGUGGAGCACAGGGGAGGAGACGAGUCGGGUUCUCGCCUUCCUGGCCCUCAACAAAAUCUGCAGACAUAAACAGGACACAUAUCUCAACCCUAUUCUCAAGCAAAUGUACAUCUCCUAUGUACAAAACUGUAAGUUCACCUCUCCCAAUGUGCUGCCCAUGAUCAACUUCAUGCAGCGAACUCUCACAGAGAUGUACUCGCUGGACACACAGGCCACUUACCAGCACGCCUUCAUCUACAUCCGACAGCUGGCCAUCCACCUCAGAAACGCCAUGACCAUGAAGAAAAAGGAAACGUACCAGUCGGUGUAUAACUGGCAGUACAUCCACUGUCUGUCCCUCUGGUGUCGAGUCCUCAGCACCUUGCACCCCAGUGAUGUACUCCAGCCUCUCAUCUAUCCACUCUGCCAAGUCAUAAUUGGCACCGUGAAACUAGUGCCGACAUCCAGAUAUUACCCCCUGAGGAUGCACUGCUGCAAAGCCCUCACCCUGCUGUCCGGCAGCACCAACACAUUUGUACCGGUGCUGCCUUUCAUCCUGGAGAUCGUCCAACAGGUGGACUUCAACAAGAAACCAGCGCGAAUGAGCAAGAAGCCCAUCAACUUUGCAGUCAUCCUGAAGCUAAGCAAAGUCAACCUCAUGGAGAAAGCCUAUAAGGACGGCUUGAUUGACCAGCUGUAUGACCUGAUACUGGAGUACUUCCACACUCAGGCCACUUCCAUCGGCUUCCCAGAGAUCGCCCUGCCCACAGCCAUUCAGCUGAAAGCGUUCCUGAAGGAAUGCAAAGUGGCCAAUUACUGCAAGCCAGUGCGCCAGCUGCUGGAAAAGGUACAGGAGAACAGCAACUACAUCACAGCGCGGAGACAGAAGGCCGCCUUCGGAGUGGCCGAUGCCACCGCUGUGGUGGCAUGGGAGAAGCAGAUGAAGGAGGAGGGGACUCCCCUCACCAAGUACUACACACAGUGGAAGAAGCUGAGGGUGAAGGAGAUCCAGCUGGAGAUCUCCGGCAAAGACAGGAUGGAGGAUCUGGAGCUUCCAGAGAUCAAACGCAAAAAGACUGAGGACAAGAAGGUGGAGGACAAGAAGGAGUUCACGGAUCUGUUCCAUUCCGACAGCGAUGCAGAUGAGGAUGACGGAAAACUCAAAAUCAGAGGGAAAAAAGACCGCCGUGGGUCAGAUGAUGAUGAUGAUGAUGAUGACGAUGAUCUUCAAGGUCUCUAUGACAUGAGCGAUGACGAGGAGGGCGGAGACUCAGCCGAUCAGGGCUCCUACAGCUAA